GUCUCUUCAUUCAUUAGCUGCAAAUCCCUAAUACUGAGUAAGAAAAGGAUAAUUUAGAUUAAAAAGAUUUCAUACAAGUCGUGAUUUUUUUUAAUUUUCGAAGGUGACAAUAUCUUAUUUUAUUCAGGAUUUUAAAAAAAUGCGACAUUUAAAUCCUCAUACAAAAAAUGACUCAAAUGUCAGUAGUAUAAAUCAAGAUUCAUUACUUGGAACAAGUAAUGAGUUAAAUGAAGACAGUGAUACUACAAAUAUUUAUCAUGGUGAAACUAUCCAAAUAAAUUCUAGCACGUCUGAUGAUACAACUAAAAUUAGUGAUACUGAAAAUAAAUUAGAAAUAUCACAGUCUCUCGAACGAUCAUCUCGAUCUAGGUCUCGAGCCACAUCACAUUCUUCAAAUCAUUCAUCAAAGUCACGUUCUGUAUCACCCACACAAUCAGAUAAUGAAAUCCAUUCUAGUAACAAAUCAAAAUCUUCAUCUCCAUCUUCUUUAAGGUUAAAAUCACAAUCUAGAUCUAGAUCCAGAAGUUCUAUGUCUUCUACUGAUUCACAUUCAUCUAUUCACAAAAAUAAAAAUAAACGUUUGAAAAUUGAUUCUGAUUCAGAUAGUGAAUUACAAACAAACAAAAAUACUACCUCUGAAAAUAAAUCUGAUGAAGAAAUAGAGCAAAAUGAAAUUAAGAAGAAAAAAUUUAAGAAGGUGAAAAUUAUGUCUGACUCUGAAUCAGAUAAUGAAAAUAAUGAUUCUAGUCCUUUGAAUCAUAAAACACAUGCUGUAUCUGAUGAUGAAGAUUGUGACAAUGAUAAUAGUAAAGUAUCUAAUAAUGCUGAGGAUCAGAAUGAAGUUUUACCAGAUAUAUCAGAUGAUUCAGAAGCUGAUGAAACAAGUGUUGUACAAACUACUGGUGAUAAUGAUGAUGAAGAAUUGGAUGAUCCUAAUGAUAACAAUGAAAAUCGAAAUAAUGAGCAAGGAGUAUCUGAUUUUGACCUUAUGAUGAUGAAAAAAAAAGAAGAACAAUCAUGGAAACGACGCAGGAAGGAUAUUGAUAUUAUCAAUGAUAAUGAUGAUAUUAUAGCGGGUUUGAUUGGUGAUAUGAAACAUGCAGCUGAGGUUGACAGGCAACUUAAUAAAGAAGGAAAACCAGCUAUUAACAAAAUAACCAUGUUGCCAAAAUGUCUAUCACAAUUGAAGAAACAUAAUUUAAUGUUGGCAUUUGUUGAACACAAUGUAUUAAAUGUCUUCACUGAUUGGUUAGCACCUAUGCCUGAUAGAAGUCUACCAUCACUUCAAGUGCGAGAAUCUCUUCUAAAACUUUUAGCAGAUUAUCCCCCCAUUGAGCAAUCUACACUUAAGUAUUCUGGAAUAGGAAAAGCUGUCAUGUAUUUGUACAGACAUCCAAAAGAAACUAAAGAAAACCGAGAACGAGCUGGUCGGCUUAUUAAUGAAUGGGCUCGACCUAUUUUUAAUCUGUCAACUGAUUUUAAGGCUAUGUCCAAAGAAGAGAGAGAACAAAGAGAUUUAGAACAAAUGCCACGAAAAAAACGUUCAAAUAUGGAACGUAAUAAAAAUGAUGAUGAUGAUGAUGACUAUGAUGAUGAUGAUGAAGAAGAAAGUCCUAAAACAUUAAAACCAGGAGAUAAAGGUUGGAUAGCAAGAGCACGUGUGCCUGCACCAUCAAACAAAGACUAUAUUAUUCGACCAAAAUCAAAUACUGAUACUGAUAUUUCUAAGGCUGUAAAACGACCAAUGAAUCGUUUCGAAAAACAUUUAAAAAACUUUAUGGACAGUAAGAGGAACGGUCAAGCCAAGCAUGCUGUACCUAUUUCAAUUGAAGGUAGAAAAAUGGGUUUGUAAAUAAUUAUUUAUAAACCUGAUAUUUUACUACAGAUUAUGUUUUCGUGUAUAUUUUUGUUGUAUUAUUUUUAUUUAUACCGUAUAUGUAAAAAAUGUAUGACAAUUAUUAUUAAGGUUAAGUAUUUUUUUCUAUUUCUAUGA